UACGUCAUUCCAUGAUGGCUGAAGAUCCCGGAGGAGCUUUUUUCAAUUUCUCUAUCAAUUUUCUUUCUUUCUAUCUACCUCAGCUUGCCAUACAGACAUGGCAGGACUUACGGCUUCGUUAAGCAACCACAUAUCAUUGGUGUCGACAUGCCCAAGAAAGGGAACCGAAAACGGCUGAAAUUUAGGGCUGGGGAUGUUUGUUCCGAAUCAGUGACUGUUGCUGAUUAUGCUGAUGCUGACCCAGCCGUUGUGAAGUCGGGGAGGGUGAAAAAGGCUGUUGUAAAUGCAGUUGAAAAAGAAGUAAAAUUACUCUGCGGCCUGGAAGCAUCUCAUGGUGCUGUAGAAGAAGUCCUCUCGUCUGCACAGAGUGUCAAAACAGACAUUUUGGACAGCAGUGAUGACCUAGACCCCGGAGAGGAUGGAGAAAAUGAAAUAAAAGUGGUCCACAAGAAGAAAAACAAGAGGAGAAAGGGAAGCAGUGAGAGCAGUGAUGGUGAUGAGUAUCCAGUUGACAUUUGGUUAAUGCUCUCCUCCUAUAUUCGGCCUGAGGAUGUGUGCAGAUUUGCUCUAAUCUGUAGAAAUGCCUGGACAGUCACUUGCACCGCAGCUUUUUGGACCAGGCUUUAUAAAAGACACUACAGGAUUGAUGCCGAUCUUCCAUUUCGUCUCCAGCCUGACUCUAUUGACAUGAUGCAAUGUCUACGGGCCCGUGUCAUUCGCUCCCUUUUUCAUUUGUAUGAGCCGUUUAGCUUGCGUGUCUCAAAAAUCCCUGCUCUGCCAGAAUCCACGCCCACUACACUGAUCAACUCCAAGUGUUUACUGUUCUGGGUCAAAAGGUUGGCAGGGACUCGGCCAGAGGCAUUGUGGGAGUUCAACUUCAAAUUUUUAAAGCAGCAGGGACACAGUAAGAAUGGUUGUGUCAAGUCUUUGCACACGCCCAGACAGUAUAAAGAUGUCCACACAAACCCUGACUCUGACUGCUACGUGCUUCAGGUCACUACCCUCAACUUCAUCUUUACUCCUGUGGUCAUGGGCAUGACAUUGACCCUGUUCACAAUCAACGUGAGCACAGACAUGCGCCACCACCGCGUUCGUCUGGUGUUCCAGGACACACCUCUCCAUCGUGGGAAGAAGAGGGGAGAUCAAGGAGGGACCCAGGUGGUGUUGGAUCCGGUGCACAGUGUGAGGCUCAUGGACUGGUGGCAUCCACAGUAUCCCCAUCUGCCCUCCAUAUAGGGACCCUGUGCCUUCAGUUGGUUCUACAGCAGAACAGAUAAAUGAUACUGGAUUACUCUGAAAAACCCAGUAUUAUGCUCACUGGCACAUGUUGCCCAUUUAUAUUUUACUUGUCACUGAUAGAUGUUAAAGAAAGUUAUAACUGACUGUUGUGAGAGAGGAUGCAAAUCUCAUUUUCUAGUGUCAAAUGGGCUGCAUGCCCAUCAACCACUCCUCAGGACAUUACUUGUAGUGGUGUUCUUCCUGCAUUGUCAUUGGACAAAGAAUAGUUAAGCAUUAUUCCUAGGAAAACUAGAGACACGGCGAUAUUGACUGUCCUUUUCUUUCUACACUUUUGUUCCUGAAUCUUUCUGAAAACAUGGAUAAGUAGGGCUGGGUAAGAUGGAAAAGCAUGUUAUGAUAGCCAGAAGACCGUUGUCAGUGCUGUUUUGAUAUCCGUAAACAUGAUAAACCACAUCAGAUUGGCUAAUAGGAAUGUGUACAACUAGACAUAGCCAAUCUGAUGUGGUUUGAAAAGGAUAUUAUAGGAAAGUCAAACUGAAAUUCUUGAAACUAUGCUGUUUUUUUUUUUUAGUUUAUAUAGUUUAAAGCAGCCUCAUUUAGUAUUAUGUGAAGAAUAAAGACACUGCUUUACACUGAAGGGGCCAAAGAUAUGAUUUACCUCAGGAGUCAUCCAGUCAUCUGCUAAUUUGGUCAGUUUCUUUUAGGUGCUUUGUGUGCGUGUGGCUAAGCACACCUUGACUGUCUCUUUGCUGAUAAUGUGAGCCAUGUCUCCCACUGCCACAUGUGGAUCUUCAACUUUGAAUAACUCAAACUAUUUAAAGGUGUCUGUGUUGUGUGUAUUGAAUGUGAGUAGACUCAUGCCAAUUACAUGUGGGGUUGCUAUGGUAUGAGAUUUUCACUGUAUGAUAAUGGUCUUAGAAAAUAUCACUGUUUCAUGGUAUUACCCAGUUACUAUUAUCAGCUACGACCACCCUCAGAAGAAUGAAAAACAUGGGUCUUUUGUUUUUAUUACAAGUGACUGUGCCAGUUGAUUGAGCAUUAGAAUGACCCUAAAGAAUAAACUGUUAUAAAGAUGAUUUUUUUAAAAAGCACACAACUAUAACAUGUUAUAUAACUAAAGCAUGUUAGUUUGCCUGUUAGCACCAGUAGUAGAAGCAUUCACAUCCUUUAAGUCCUAAUAUCACACUGUUGUAAAAAGUCCUGUAUUAGUUAUAUUAAAGUAUUAACACAAAAUGUACUUAAAGUAUU